UUUAUUUGAAUAGAUGACAUCACUUGGAAUGAUUGUCUAGAGAAACAGGCACUAAUUAUUAAUCAACCUGGAAAACUGCUGUGCAUUGUUUCGGCCAAUCCUUCUCCUCAAGUUUCCUGGGUAAAGCUAGAGGGCACUAAGGAUAUUGAGUUGGAUAAAACCCGCUUUACAGUUGAGUCAGAUGGAAUUUUUAUGUCUAAGGUGCACGAAAAAGAUGGUGGAAAGUAUCGUAUCCAAGCUAUGGUUACAGAAACUGGGAGAUUCAAACAUCGAGACAUUAACUUGGAAGUUCUUAUUCCUCCUAACAUCACAGAGUUUCAGGAGAAAGCUCAAGCAAUCGAGGAGAAUGACUUGGUUCUCAAGUGUGUGGCUAGUAUUGCUAACCCUACUCCUUUGUAUUCUUGGUUUGAUAAGAAUGAUCAUCAACUUCAAACUCAAGAAAGAUUUUCAGUUGAUAAAACUUUGGGAACUCUUACAAUACAAAAUGUUAAGAAAGAAGAUGCAGGCGAUUACUCUUGCGUAGCUCAGAAUGAAGCUGGACAAGAUAAAAAACAGCUGCAGCUAACAGUUCUGUCCAAACCAAAAAUUCUGCAGUUUGAAAAAAAGAACACUGUUGAAGGAAAGUCAGCUUCUUUAGAGUGUCGUGCUUCUGGUGUCCCACAUCCAGAAGUGUCCUUACGUAAAGAAGGAUCACACAAGCAACUUGAAUCUGGAGGAAGAGUGAUUAUAGAGAACUUUCAAGAGAAGGAGAUUGUGAGCUUGAAAAUGACCAUCAGCCAAGUUAUGAGAGAAGAUGAUGGUCAAUACUUUUGUCGAGCAGAAAACAUAGCUGGUAAUAUGGAAAAAGCUGGACAUCUAACAGUUGAAUUUAAGCCACGAGUGAGUACUCCUAAGUCAAAGUUCAUGAAAACAUGGAGUGAAAACUCGGUCAAUCUAACCUGCAUUGCCGAUGCCAUUCCAAAUGCAACUGUCCAGUGGUCUUUUAAUGGUCAAGAGAUUAAGUCUGACCAGAGUGAAACUUACACUAUUUAUGGGAAAGGAGGAUACAGUAACUUGCUUGUGAAACCUUCUUCCAAAACGAAUGUGUAUGGCUCCUACGACUGUGAAGGGGUUAACAUUCAUGGGAAAGACAACAUUAUCAUCCAGUUAACCGAAGCUUCUGUCCCAAGAAAGCUAUUGGAAGUGAAUUACAAAGACAUUACAUCUACAACGAUCACCUUUGAGUUUGUGGGUCCUGAGGAUGAUGGAGGUAUGCCUAUUUCUUCAUACUUGGUGGAAUAUAGAGAAGAAAGUGAUUUACCAGAAAAUGUUAAAGUAAAAGAAAUGACUGCAGGAACAACUAACAUUCUGGAAAACCUGAAACCAAGAGCUACCUACAUUUUUCGAUUUGCAGCAAAGAAUGCAGUUGGCACAGGGAUGUGGCUUGAUAAAGAGUCAUGGACAAUGCCAAAAGAAUCAGCCCCUGAUCCACCAAUAAUAGUUUCACCCUCAGGAAAUAUAAGUGCAUUUCCAGACAAAAUAGAAAUUAGAUGGACUAUAAACCAAGACAAUGGAAAGCCUAUUAAACUUUUUCAACUACGUUACUUUAAGAUCAAAAAAGAUGGUGAAGACAAUUGGAAACAAAAUGGUCAAGUCAAAUUAGAGAAUCUUGUAGAUAACUGGCAAAGUGCCCAAUAUAUUAUAACUGGAUUGGAACCCAACACCUACUACAAAGUUCAGUUGAGAGCCAAAAAUGAGAUUGGUUACAGUCAGGACGAAACAAGGAUUUUCCAAACAGCUCAAGGAACUAUGGACAGUCAUCAUAAAGAACCCCUGACUCAGGGAGGAGGAGGAGUUUCUACUUCUGUAAUAGUCAUAGUUGUGGUGGUUCUCAUUCUGUUGAUACUUAUCAUCAUUGAUGUAACAUGCUAUUUCCGCUACAAGUGGGGAUUAUUGCAUUUUUUGAGAAAUAAUGCCUGUGGUAAAGCUUCCGAUGGCAACAGAAAUGAAAAAAUUGCCCUUGACGAAGAGAAGGGCAGCUUUCCAGUAAACGUGGAUGAAGUUAAAAGCACAGAUGAAGCUACUAAUUCUGCAUCUCCAGUUGAUGAUGAAAAGAACCUGCUCCACAAGUCUGAUGAAAAAACAAAAGAUGAUGAGGUAGCUCAAGAAGACACACCAAUGAUUCUCCAAAAUAGUGAGAAUGACACUGUGAUUGAAGAGGAUGACAAAAACGAAUACUCCAAGGAGUCUAAAACAAGCCUACAGUAGCUACAAAAAACAAUACUGUAAUAGCUCAACUGACCUAACUUGAAACAACAUUGUUUUUUAAUCUUUACAUAGGUUUUACCAAAGCCACACACUAUUUUUAAAGCAGAUUUUUUUUAUAAUUUUACAAUCAAAUAUUUUUUGCAUUGCUAGACAUGAAAAAAAAAUUGUUUUAUUGGUCAUAAACUACUUGAAAUUUUAGGUUUGUAAAUCCAUAGGCUUAGCACAUAGUAAUAAGGGUUUGAUAGUAAGAAACUGCUAUAUAGGAUUUUUUCCCCUAACUCAGCAGUUCUUUGCAUUCACAAAUUGCAAGCUGUUUUCCUUUUGUUAAUAUAAUAGACAAAAUGCUCUAAUAUUAAUUGUAUUUUGUCCGACAGCUUAUUUCAGUGAUACUUUAAUUUUAUUUUUUUCAUUUUGUUCAUUAAAAGGAAACAGGUAUUAAUCAUUUUUUUUGUAGAAAGUUACUGUGUUUCAUUCUUUCAUAUAUAUUUGUAAAUUGUAUUCAUUAUUUGUACAAAUGCAACUAUUUAGUUGGAUAUUGUUGUGCUAGGGAACCUUUUAUUGGGGUGAAAAAGGGGUAAAUUUUGUUUUACAAAAAUACUUACCAGUAAAUAUUUCUAGUUUAUCUUAAUAAGUAAUUGAUUGUUCAAAGAAAGUAUGUCAGUUAUCAUUGUGAUUAAUAUGCUUCUGAUAGAAAUUAAAUCAAAAAUAUUUUUUGAGGUUCUUUAACAGAUAUAUAGAGUAUAGCUAGUAUCUAUAAUACUUUGUCGUGUGUUUCUAUUUUAGCCUACAUGACAGUUUAGUUGAACUUGAAUACAAUGUUGUAACCUGUUACUGACAGUUAUAGUAAGCUAAUCCUAGCAGUCAACAUUGAUGUUUUUAUUUCCUUGUUGUUAAUAUAAAGUUUCUUACAUAUUACUUCAUAUGUUGCUCACAUGAAAGAGACCUAACAUUCUAGUCUUAUUGUGGUCAAAAUUUAGUACAUGCGCCAUCUAAGUCCGUCCAAUAAAUAGGAGCAUAGAACCAAAUAAAUCAAAUUUUUUCCCUCUCUGUCAUUUUUUGAAAAAAAGACUAACUGUUCUAUUGACUUCUUUCAGAGAAUAGUCUUGAACUUCAGAACUGCUUGAUUUCCUCUUGGAAUAACACACCCCUUGCCAUUAUUAUUUUAGUUCACAGAUUUUUUUUUUGUCACUGGGGGCUCGAAGUACCUUAUAUGAAAGGCAAAUAAAGUGUUUUGUAAAUAAAUAUCGUUCAAACAUUUAAAACUGGGUAUUUCAAAGGAUUUUAACAUCAUGCAGCUGAAGGACUUUUGGGGGUUAUAAAGCUUGAAAAUGAAUGUAAAUCUAUGAAUAUUAAACUCUGACACUGAAUAAAGACAUUUUCUGCUAUCAUGAAUAA